AUGAAUACAAAAUAUUUUUCGGAUAUUUUUCUAGUUGCAAUAACGAAUGUUGACUGUCGACCAGGUAGUGGUCGUGGAAAAAUAACUCGUGUUCGAGUCUCAAAAUCGCCAUUACUACAUAAAUCAAAUACUCAUAUUUUGGUUCGUGGAGCAACUGGAGGAGGUACAGCUUUACUAUUUGGUACAUUAGCUUUACGAUCAUAUGUUUUAAACAAUCACAAAGGAUCUAUUAAAUCGAGUCAUAUGCUGAUUAAUGGUUCAGGAAGUUUAUGUUUAAAUAGAGAGAAUUUUUCUAAUUUUAUUUUUAAUGAAUUUCGUUGUCCAUUAUUACCUAUUUUUGCACUUAAUAAUCGUUAUUGUUGUGGUUCAUUUCAACAGCAAUAUUGUUGUUCCUUCUGGGAAAGCGGUAGUCGAGCAAUUGCUUCUAUUAUUGGAAUUAUCGCAGGAUGUAGUAUUUUCAUUUUAUUUAUUUUUUAUUGUAUUAUUUAUAUUCGACGCUAUUUAAGACCAAAAGAGUCAUCAAGUGUAAAAUCCUAUAUACAUUAUCAUUUUCAAACUCAACUCUAUAGUGCUGUGUUCAUGUUAUCGUUGAUUGAAGGUAAAGGGCUUGUAGGUGGAAGAGGUGGUGGUGGUUUUAAAGUCGGUUCUAAAGGAACAGGAACAUUUGGUGGAGCAUCAAGUUAUAAUCGAGCAAAUACUUAUAGAUCUCAAAUGGGUCAACCUCGUUCGGGUAGUAGUUUUAAAGGUAAAGCUAUUAGUUUUGCUGCUGGAGCUGCUACUGGUAUAGCAGCAUAUUCAAUCAUGAGAUCAAUGGCAGGUUCACAUCAGUCACGACCUGGUGGUUAUUAUCCUCCAGGUUAUGGAACUGGAGAAACUUGUGUAAAUAAUGAAAACAUGAAUGGUACUGUUUUUGGAGAAUUUCGUUGUCCAUUAAAUGGAUUUCCACGUGACGCGAAAUAUUGUUGUGGUGAAUAUGAACAACAAUAUUGUUGUGCACCUGAUAGAAAAAGUAGUUUUUUUAAUAAAGCUUCACAUUUCGCAUGGAUAAUCAUAGUUAUAAUAAUUUUUAUUAUUGUUGCGCUACUUUGGAUUCGUUGUCGUCGACAGCGACAAAAAGAUGCUGAAAUGAUACCAACAGAGCCACCAAUGAAUCAAGAUUACGAACCACCACCACCUUUUUAUCAUCCACCACCACAUAAUCAAAACCAAUAUGGAGUUCCACCACAAAAUCAACAAGGAAAUUUUAAUCCAUAUGUACAACAAUCUUACAUACCGUAUCCACCUCAACAACAACCAACUUAUCCGUAUUAA